AUGCCCAACCCUCAAGAACUUUGUGACUCCGAGCAAGCCGAGUUGAGUGGUAGGAAGGUUGCGGGCGGGAGAUGGGGCUCCUCUGAGAGGUUCAAGGCCAAGAAGCAGAAUGCUGAAGUUGGUCCUGGACAUUAUCAACCUGAUGUCAGCAAGGUUGUGCGUAGGACGCCAGGAGCGCGUAUUUGCCCGCCCACAAGAAAGAAUCUAGCUGCACAUCUCAACGAGUUCCAGAAGCUCCUGGAAAAAAGCGAAGUUGGCCCUGGAAAGUACUCUCCUCAAUACUUUGCAACAAGCGAAUGGGUCUCUACCCAUGCACCUUGCAUCCCGCAACCAAGAAUCGCUUCAACGGCCCGUGUUAUACAGACUCACGAUUGCGAAGCCUUAUACUGCAAAUCUCAACGCUCUGGUUAUGCACUUUCCGAGAAAAGCUUUUCUGAUCGCAAAAGUGUUGGUUGCUUGAAAUGGAUGCCAGAUUACUUUCCUGAAAGACCCGUGCAGCAUACCCCCGGUCCAGGAAGCUACGACCCUCUCUUCCAAUUUGUCAGCGAACGAAUACCUGGCAGUUCGUGGCAGAGAAGUUCACUUUCCUCGAACGGGAAGCUCAGUCAAGCCAUUCUGUCUCAUGCAAAUGACAUUGUUCCUGGACCGGGAAGUUACGACGUCAAGACAGACCUUCUCUUUCGAAGAAGUUCCAGCGCACUCUUUGUUUCAUCUCGUCAGCUCGAGACUAGCGAAGAUGAGAGUUGGGGAGACAAAUUGAUCUUGCAGCCCAACUUCAGUCUGGUGCAUCCGCGAAUCAGAUGUUCUGUGACAUAUCGAGAGCCUUCUGUGCUGUCUCUUGCUUCAACUGAGCGUGCAGCAUCAACUUCAUCAGUUUCAUCUCUCGACUCAUCCUGUCUCUCAAUUUUGAGCACCAAACGCCGAUCGUUGUCAUAUUCUUUUUGCAAGGGUGUGGGAUCGCGAAAUCAGAGUCGAAAUUACAAAACAAUUGGUCCUAGUGAUUACAUGCCAAACUACAAAUUUGUAUCAAGGAGAACGGCAACAUGUGUCAUUGCUAGGGCACAUCGAGGUCUGUUAGAGAAGGAACAGCAAAGAGAAUUGUACGGGGACGUGCUGUACAUCGAUCCUGAGACGUCAUAUAAGACAACUGUCAAAACCCAACCACGAAUAGUCUUUUCCAGACACAAGAAACCCUCUUUCCUUUCGCAUCAGACUUCGUAUCUGGGACCCAACGACAGUGGCGUGCUCGUGGGGAAGCUAGCUGAGUAUACCCCUUCCAUCGACAUGUCAAGAACCUCCGCACGAGCGUCCGCAAGCAAGGAUGAGGACGCGAGGCUGGGCCCAGGGUACUACUAUGUAGACGACACGCUCACGGCUAGGAGGGUGCCCGCAGCGUUCAUCAGCCCUCCGGCACCGGAAGACGAGGUGGAGGAGGACAGAGAGGGAGAUCGGCUAGUGCUGGAAACGUCAGCAGCCGAUGAGAUGACGAGGCGGAGAGUCGUGAUGAUGGUGGACAUCGGCAGGCAGAUGGGCCGGGAGGAGGCGACGAGGAGGGACCGAGCGCCGGAAGCUCUCGACUACAAUCCCGAGGUCCCGCGAGACAUCAGGGGCUUCAGCAUGGCGACGCAGUCAAGCAGGAAGGAGAACGAUCAAGGAGGGGAGGGAAGUCACUUGCUCAACAAGUACCAAGCCAGCUACAGCCUGGUAGAGAACAGCGGGAGGGCAUACAGCAUCGGGAAGAGCAAGCGGACAAGCGAGGAUGGUGGGGAGGAGGAAGACAGAGGGGGGGACGUGCUAAUCCUGGAUACGAACAAGGGGUGGGAGUACCUGAGAGUCCGACACGACAUUGCAGGUUUUGAUAAGCAGGAAGGACGACCGGAGGCUGUCGCAGGGCAGCACUUGUCUUCUUAUCUGGGACCCAACGACAGUGGCGUGCUCGUGGGGAAGCUAGCUGAGUAUACCCCUUCCAUCGACAUGUCAAGAACCUCCGCACGAGCGUCCGCAAGCAAGGAUGAGGACGCGAGGCUGGGCCCAGGGUACUACUAUGUAGACGACACGCUCACGGCUAGGAGGGUGCCCGCAGCGUUCAUCAGCCCUCCGGCACCGGAAGACGAGGUGGAGGAGGACAGAGAGGGAGAUCGGCUAGUGCUGGAAACGUCAGCAGCCGAUGAGAUGACGAGGCGGAGAGUCGUGAUGAUGGUGGACAUCGGCAGGCAGAUGGGCCGGGAGGAGGCGACGAGGAGGGACCGAGCGCCGGAAGCUCUCGACUACAAUCCCGAGGUCCCGCGAGACAUCAGGGGCUUCAGCAUGGCGACGCAGUCAAGCAGGAAGGAGAACGAUCAAGGAGGGGAGGGAAGUCACUUGCUCAACAAGUACCAAGCCAGCUACAGCCUGGUAGAGAACAGCGGGAGGGCAUACAGCAUCGGGAAGAGCAAGCGGACAAGCGAGGAUGGUGGGGAGGAGGAAGACAGAGGGGGGGACGUGCUAAUCCUGGAUACGAACAAGGGGUGGGAGUACCUGAGAGUCCGGCAUGGGAUUGUGGAGUUUGGAAAGUUGACAGGGCGCGUGAGUGAGAUUAUUGAGUCGUCAGACCCGUCACAGGAUCUUGUCGACUGGGAGGGAGCGCGUGGGGUCGCGGAGAAGACUUUGGGAUUCGUUGACUUCAGUCGGAUGACAGCGAGGAAGGAACCUUUCUCAGCUACAACCUCAGCUGUUCUGGGCCCUGGUGCAUAUGAAAUUCAAGACCAUCUCUUGUUCAGAGACUGCUUUCACGUAUCGUUUGGUCGACAGAGGCGAUUUUCAGAUGACAAGUACGAGGAUGACGAGGGCGAUCGCCUGGUUUUAUACCCAGAGAGAGCUGAAAGUCUGAUUCGCCCAAAUAUUCCAAGUUUCACUUUCAUUUUUCAACCUUCUGCUCUUGUUUCAGAAUGGGCCAGCAAAAAAAUCUUUGUCCGAGGUCAUGAUGGAGAACUCUUUGAAUUGCCUUCGAUUGGAAGCAGAGUGAGAAUGAAACAGCUGUCUGAAAUCUUCUCAGCAUGGAGACGACCUGAUUUCUAUGAAAUCAAAGAAACCUUGACGCGAAAAAGCUGUUACCAGAAAACUCUUGUUGACAUCGGCAAGGCUUCGAAUGUUAGAAAAGUGGAUAUUGGGAUGAAACUUCAGUUUGACGACACUAUAUCAACCUCUCUGCCGAUUGUGAAACAGAUCCAUAAAGGUGGUCUCUUGGAUAAAGCUGGGUCGAUCCAGAAAGGAGAUAAGAUAGUCAAAAUUGUGGGAAAGGAUGGGAGGACGAUGGAUUUGCAUCGAUGGGCUAUGAAAUCAAGAAAUAAAGGAGCCUCUCGCAAACUGCCAGCAGACACUUCCAAUCAGGUCAACCAUCUCGGUCCUUGGAGAGAAUGCGUGAUAUCUUCUCCGGGUACAUCAACACGAUCGAGGACUCAACAACAUUCUUUCUUUUUCAAUGUUCAAACAAAGGAGAAACUUUGGUCUUUUGACGUUUGGUCCAGGAAAGAUGAGGUUGUGCGAAAUAUUAUGCAGGAGAUCGAAGAACUACAAUUUCCGAUCACCAUUCACUUCCGAAGACACCAAUCCCAUUGCACAUUGCAAGUCCUGGUGGAAAACUUUCAAGAUUUUCUGUAUGGAGCGUAUGAUCCCAAGUACGACCUGGUUGAACGUGACUUGCGGUCUGUCUCAGACUUUGUGACAGCAAAUGGAAGAGAGUCAUCAUUGGAAGCCAAGGCGAGGAUGCGACUGUUCCAGAAGAACAUGACAUUGAGUGCUCUCAAGACGCUUCCAACGCAUCUUGCUGCUCCUCCUUCUGAAGCUACCAACAGAGAUUUCACAUCCCAAAAGUUGGCGCUCCGUGAUAAGCAUGAACGAAUGUUUCGAAGUUUGCGAGAAAAGCACAAGCAGGAGGCAGAGGAGAUUGAUGGAGAGGAAGCUGAAUCGCUGAAGCUUCGACAUUCUCAAGAGAGAAAAUCGUUGAGGAAGAAGAUUAGGAGGGAAGAAGAAGCUUUGGAACGAUCGCUGCAAGAACAGCAGCUGAUCUCGCUGGACAAGUCAGAGAUUGAGAGGGAGGUUUCCAAGAUAGUCCUCCAGCAACAUCUGGAGCUUGAUGCAGGAGCGCGGCUGAGGGAGACUGAAAGGCAACGGCGAGUGAGGUUCGCCCCUGAGAACGAGGCUCUCCUGCACACCGCUGCCUACUCGCAAGCGGCUCCUGCAGGGAAGAAGUGGAUCCAGAAAGGAAAGUCGCACACCUGCCCUGACGUUCGAGGACUGACCGACCAAGAGGUUCAAGACUGGAAGCUGCACACUGAGUACCGAGGCUUCUCUGGGAGUGACGACCUCGUCAAGUG